AUGGUGGCAGUAUCUAGAUCAGUGGCACUGGCUGUAGUGCUCGUUUUCAGAGCACAGCCUUCGUACGGAAGUGCUAUUCACCAACCUUAUCCCUAUCUUAAUGUUUCAAGCAGUGUCGCCACCACAACUCUAUUGCCUAUUGACUGCUCAGACACAUCAUCUAAUAUCUAUUACCCUCCCUCGGGCAGGACUGUGGUCACUGUUAGUGUGUCGACGACCACUACUCUACGCGCGUCGGACACGCCUUGCUACAGCAACAGCACCGUCAGCAGCAGCACGACGACGACGACCAUUGUUCCAACCUACAUAACUACAUCGACUGUGCCUCACCAUACGACCACAACUAUUGUGCCAAGCACUAUUACAUCUUCUGCAACAUAUACGUCUCAUAGUUACACUACGACGACCAUUGCCGAUGAGUGUCCUUCGACCUGUAGCAUUUCCGCGGGAACUGUCAACUUGUUCUUCUGGCCCACGAACAAUGACUAUUCGUACCCGUCUACGUAUGUUAACACGGCACUCGACUACACCUUUACAUCGCCAUCUGUAUAUAUGCUAAUCAACACUAUCUAUGGCUAUAACUCGCUAGGCCGCGCGGGCCCUGCCGGUACUAGCGAGAUCUUCGCGCUCAACCUUGACCAAGUUUCCACGAUAGUCCCCGGCAGUGAUGCUACACGACAGUUGUCCCUUAGCGACUUGGGAACCGACUGCCCUCAGAGCAUCGAUCCUUCCGAGAUAGCGACGAAGGCGCCAGACGGGCGUUGCGAUCCUAGCCUUGUCGCACCAGACGUGGUUAAGUCAUGGGCUCUACCAUGUAACGCGUGUGGCAAAUUUGGCCUGUUCGAUCCUCCAUACGCCGUUCCGACUCUUACCGGAGGCCUGAUCGAGCCGACGAUAACAACAGUGGCUACCACAGCAGCCACAUCGGCAGCCACUGGCGCCACUUCCACUGCCGUUCCAACAACCACCACCGCUGUCCCUGCGACAACCAACACCCCUUCAUCAACACUCAUCACCACUGGAACAUCCACUCUCGUAACUACGACAUCAUCAUUGCUGACAGACGUAGAUCCGACUACAGUAGUGACCGCCGCUGGACAGAAUGUAUCGAUUCGUGUGGCCUACUUAGUCGUUCAAGUCUCUUCCGCGUGGUCCUGCUCGGAAAAGAAGGAGAAUACCUUUCGCAGAUCUAUUUAG